AUGCGGAGCCAGCUCCUCGACGCGGCGAUCGACGGCGACAUCGGCUCCUUCAAGAGGUUUGCGAGGGCUCUGCAUAAGGGCAGCGGCCACCUCAGGGAUACGGUGGAGGGGGUGAGGACGGAAGACGAGGAUACGAGGGGCCUCGGGGCGCUGCACCUCGCCGCCGGCAGCGGGAAGCUGGACAUGUGCCGCUACCUGGUAGAGGUGUUGGGGGUUGAUGUGGACGCCGUCGACCACGGAGGUAGAACACCUCUGAUUCAAGCAAUAUACAAUGAGAAAGUGAAUACUGCCAAGUAUCUUCUUGAUCAGGGCGCCAAUCAAGACAAAACCAGCGACGAUGGACAAUUGCUUGAAAGAGGUGCUUACCCUGACCCUGUAAAUGGUUGCGGGACACCACUUCAUAUUGUGGCGGCAGAAUGUGAUGAUCGUUCUAUGAAGAUUUUAUUGGACCACAAUGCAGAUUACAACAAGAUGGUAAAUGGUAUGACGUCUCUCUAUUUUGCUAUAAAUGCUACCUCAGUGAAAUGUGUGAAGCUCUUGGUUGAGGUACUUGAGCCUGUGGAUAAAAGGAAAAUACAGGAGUUGAAGUCAAAAGGGAGUAAGGCAGUUGGGAGAAGAGAUUUUCUAUCUGCCGCAGAACUCUACAGUAUGGCAAUGGAGCUUGACCCUAACGAUGCAACCUUGUUCUCAAAUAGGAGCCUCUGCUGGCUUCAGUUGGGCAAGCCUUUGCUGGGUCUGCUGGAUGCUCUUGAAUGCAAGAGCAGGCGACCAAGCUGGCCAAAGGCCCUGUACAGGCAGAGCAAAGCGCUAAUGUCACUCAAGGACUACAAAGGUGCGUGCGAAGCGUUUUUGGAUGCACUGAAACUGGACCCAGGGAAUGAUGAGAUCGAGGAUGGGCUGCGGAAUGCUAUGGCAUCCUUGAAGGUGUCUCGAAGCACAAAGGCGGAAUGACCUACAUUUUGUACGAAGUUUACAUGGUUUUGGUGGGUCGAUAUAUAUCCUCCUUGUGUAAGUC